CACAAGUGCUUGAAUCCCAUAAGUGACUGACCAAUAAUCCACCACACCCGAACAUCAUGUUAAUACAAAGAAAUUGAAGGCCAUGAUGAGCAUCACAGGCUACAAGAAAACCCACCCCUCUUUGAAUCAGUUGUUAAAUGUGGAUAGACGCAGGUAACGAUUGUGGGCAUGGCGGGUGAAGAGUGGAGAGAAAGAGAAAGAACAAGAGAAGCAGAGGAGGCGGCCAUCAUUGCCAGGAUAGAACAUAAAUCUCGCCAAGUAGAGCGCUUGCUCACACAAUCCGGACAUACACAGGCUCUGAAAACAGCUUUGGAGGAUUCUCCUACGCGAAUCACCGAUGAAAGGUGUAAGUCAGCAAAUUGGAUAGUGGUACAUCGUGUUUUAAUGGCAUGUAAGGAUGUAGAUGCUGUGUUCAUGUCUUUGGAUCCAGAGUAUUAUGACAUCCUUAUGAAAUACCUAUAUAGAGGCUUGGCCACUGGAGAUAGACCGACUUGUGAUCAAUGUCUUCGUCUUCAUGAAAAGCUCACAGAGAAAGCAGGUUUGGGCUGCAUUGUACGGGCUCUUGCAGAUACAACGAAUACUGUUUAAUCUACUUUCUUUUUGUAUCCAAAGAAGGAUCAAUGAUAAAAAAACAACUGAAUUAGUUCUUAUCUUGGCUUAGAUGUCCUUGUUGAUAUAUUAUACUUUUUAGGUUUUGCAGUUAUCUUUUAUGUUCCAUAACAUACUUUGCUUUUACCAAAAUUGAACUGUCUUAUUCUAGAAGACAGAAUUUGUAGAUAUCCAUAUCGUUAAUUGGAGGGAUGUCAGAGGCAGGAGUAAGAUUACGUCAAGUUGUCCUCGAUAAUAGAAACCCCGGUUCUUGUUCUUGUUUUGAGAUAGCCAGGAAUUUUAAAUUCA